AUGUCUGAAUCCUCUGUGCCGCAUUUACCUCCUCCAGGCGAAAUGCUUCUCGUCACAGACGAGCUGGGCUCCCCGGCAGACUUUUUCCUCUACCGGAGCCUUGCGUCACAUCUGAGGACCUCCGGAAAAUCUACCAAAUGUGUCAUAUUGUUCGUCUCUGGCAGUAUCCAGAGAUGGAAGGCCGUCCUUGCUAAAUCUAACGUCAACUUGGCCCAGCUCAUCGGUUCACGGGCUGUGACAUUUUUGAAUCUUUCAAGUACACAUCUUGUCCCACGAGAUGAUGGCGCUACGCCGUCGCUGACACCAGUAUUCGACGAACUCCGAGAUGCGCUCGGUGAAGCGAAAGACACUCUGGUGCUUGUAGACGACCUGUCGUCUCUGGAAUGGAUGGGGAUAUCAAGCCUAGAAGUGUCGAGGUUCGUACGGGCUGUAUGCUCGCUAUGCAGGAAGUUGAACACGUCCCUCAUUUUGCGCCAUCACAUUGUCACCCCGGGUGAGCUGGACAACCUCUUACGAGUUCUGUUGCAAUUAUGCACGUACCGCGUCGACAUUUUCCCGCUAUCAUCUGGGCGAAGUGGAAGUGUAAGCGGCCAGAUUGCCCUGCAUCUAGGUGCAGGCUGGGAAGAAAGAGAGUACCGACCAAUCCCAAGGAGCAAAGCGCUGCUAUAUCGACUGACGGACGCAAGCGCAGUCUUCUUCGAACGAGGGACAGGGGCCGGAGUCCUAUAA